AUGGUAAAGGAAGUUAUACUAGGUGAGGCAAAGAAGAAUAAUGUAAGGUAAAACUACUUAAGGUAGGAUAGGGUAGGCCGUGAUAGAGAUAUAGCGUAGUACGGUAGUUUUGGAACUGUAUUAUAUAGUACUAUAAAGUAGAGUAUAACAGGGAAUGAUAGAGUAAAGCACACUAGGGCAGGGUAGGUUAGGGUAAGGUGGGAUAGGGUAGUGUAUGGUGGGGGUAGGGUAUUAAGUUAAAAAAAUCAGUUAAACUUUUUUUUUCAGCGGCCAAAAGAAAGCCGAGAAAUGGGAAGGAGUAAAACGGGUGGAUAAGUUUGCUCCAGCUUGUUAUUACCAAGAUUCAAGCAAUUUGAAAAGCGGCGAAAGUAAAGAUUGUCUCUAUUUGAAUGUGUUUGUUCCUGGUGAUGUAAGUUUUUUUACUGUAUCUUAAAAAAAUUUGCAACUCCUUACACUACCCUACAGUACCCUGCUCUACUUUACCCUACCCUACCCUACCCUACCCUACCCUACCCUACCCUACCCUACCCUACCCUACCCUACCCUACCCUACCCUACCCUACCCUACCCUACCCUACCCUACCCUACCCUACCCUACCCUACCCUACCCUACCCUACCCUACCCUAUCCUACCCUACCCUACCUUACCCUGCCCUACCCUGCCCUACCCUACCCUACUUUAUCCUACCCUUUCCUACCUUACUCUACCCUACUCUACUCUACCCUAUCCUAUCCUACUCAUACAUCUAAUUUAAGGGGUCUCUAAAACCAAAAGAUGGCUUCCCUGUGCUGUUCUUUAUUCACGGUGGAGCUUAUAUCUACGAAUCAGCGGAGCAUUACGGUUCGGAUACUGUAGCCGAACUGCUGCCAACUCAAGAUAUUAUCGUAGUAACCUUCAACUACCGUCUUGGGGUGCUUGGAUUCUACAGUAAUGGCAAUGAAAGUGCCCCAGGCAAUCAAGGCUUGUGGGAUAUGGCAGAGGCUUUGCAUUGGACAUACAAUAACAUUAAAGCACUUGGUGGAGAUCCUAACAGGAUUACUGUGGCUGGUCAUAGUGCCGGUAGUAUGUCCGCUGAGAUUCUGAGCUUGUCGCCGGUUACGAGUCGUAAGUUUUAUGGGUUGUUGUAGCUGCAGUAGGGCUUGCUGUAGGGUAGGAUAGGGUACAGUAGUGUAGGGUACGGUACGGUAGGGUAGGGUAAGGGUUUUUAUAUAAUAUUUUACCACUUCAGACAUGGUCUAUCAAGUAUAUUUAAUGUCCGGCACCAACGACUUUCAAUGGGAACCAGUAACACCACAACUUGUCUAUGACAGUAUUUUUGAUAUGGCUACCGUAUACUUUUUGAGUUACAAAGGAAGCAAAUCGGAUUCUGAUGCUUUUACUGACUUUUUGAUUUCUCAAAAUCCAGAGAAUUUGCAUGUUCGUUACUCUAAAAAUGGUGAAGCUAAAGAAGUGUUCAUCUGGCCAGUGUACGAUGGGCAUCUGAUUCCGGAGAAAAUUGCCGUUCUACGACAAACGACCAAAAGAAGACCAACGUUGGUUGGGUGUACUAGAUACGAAGGCAUGCUGUUGAGUACGUUGAAUUUUGAAGUUUAAAAAAAUUUUUAAUUUUAAAUUUAAAAAAUUUAAAUUUUUGAUAAUUUCAAAAUAUAAUAAUUAAACUGAUAAUUCAGAAAUUUGAAAGAUAUAUUCUUAAAAUUUAAAUAAUAGAAGAUAAGGCAACAAAGCUUGCUAAAACAUGCCAUUUUAGUUGACAACCCAGACUUCAAGAAAGCCGCCUUGCAAGUUGUGGCACGGCAUGUUCUGAAACAAGAAGAUUACAAAGAAACAAAGCAUGAGUCGACGGCCAAUAAUAUUCUGAAUCGAUUUUCGAAUGAGAAUAGCUUCAAUGAGACACAAGAGUAUAGGCAACACUAUAUGGAGGUAGGUAUGAAGGAUGGUUAAGGUAGAUAAAAGCAAUGUAGGGUUCGGUAGAGCACGCUAAACUAGUGUCCUGACUACUGUAGGGUAAGAUGCAGUAUGGUGGGGCGGAUAUGGUAUGGUAGGGUAGAGUAGGGUAGGGUAGGGUAGGGUAGGGUAGGGUAGGGUAGGGUAGGGUAGGGUAGGGUAGGGUAGGGUAGGGUAGGGUAGGGUAGGGUAGGGUAGGGUAGGGUAGGGUAGGGUAAAGUAGGGUAGGGUAGCAUAAGAUAAAGUACGGUAAAGUAGGGUAAGGUGCGGUAGGGUACGGUAAAGUAGGGUAAUGUAGAUUAUAUUAUGCUAUAUUGUACCACAUUCCAGUUGAUGUCAGACAUAUUCUUCAACACAGGCAUCUAUCGUUAUGUAAUGCAACAUACCUCAACAUCAGAAAAGCCGAUCUAUGUAUACCGCUUCGACUACUAUUACUCAAAGUAUCAGAAGUCGAAAGAACGUCUUCUCGAUGGCUCUACUCACGGUGACGACAUACCAUUCGUACUGGGACAGUUCAACAUCAAAGGUGACGAGUACAACUACGAGGAUACUGUAGCAAGAAAGCAAUUUUCGAAGUUUAUUGCAAAUUUUGUAAAAUACGGCCGCCCUAAUGGACCUGUUGACAUUGGUAAUCGAGGUGUUGAGGAAUGGCCACCGGUCGAUUUACAGAGUAAAAAACUGAAUCAUAUGGUGUACAAUUACUACGACAAUCACAUGAGUGACAACUGGUUCGAGGAGAGACACUUCGAGUGGAUAAAAAUUCGAAAAGAAUACCAAAGUUACAGUACUUCGGCUGGUUACGGUCGUUUUGUUGGGUUAAUGUUGUUGUUGUUGUGGUUGGGGUGGUAA